AUGGCGGGUCAAAUCUCAAUUGAGUGGGCUUGGUGUGGCCUCCUCGUCCUCAUGUUGACCACCAAAGACUCCAAGACUUGGGGCGUUAAAGAUACAUUUUCGACAUCCGCAGUGCCAUCUGGUCUGGCAAGGAAAGGAAUCAGGGACACUUUAUCAGAGGCAAUAUUUGGUCACGACAAUCAAGUUCGCGUGGUUUCUUACAAUGUUUGCGGCUUUGGUGCAGGCUUCAAGGACAUUGAUCCAGAACAAGUCACCAGGGUGUAUGGACAGUUGCGGACGGAUUUGAGCGAACUUAAGGCUGAUAUCGUGUGCUUGAAUGAAGUCAAAAGGAUGAAGCUUGAGGAUCCCGAAGGCAAUCAACGGGAGGAUACGUUGGAAGCUCUAGCGGAGGAUUUGGAAGAGAUGGAGUACUUUUUUGCUCACGCAAACCCUGGCUACGAAUCCUUUGGCAAUGCCAUUUUGGUGAGCAAAAAGCUUCAGGUCAUUCACUGUGAUUCCACGCACUUGGAAGGAGGAUCUUAUGUUUCUACUCCCGUGGGGAAGAAGCACAUUGGUAGAGGCUGUCUUGCUGUAUGCGUGGCCUUACGACCACAACAGAAGGACAAGUCUGAGAGUGAAGCUCAACGCUUUGCUGUGUUGGCUACCCACCUGGAUCACAUCUCUGAGGCAGAAAGGCUGCGACAAACUGAAUCCAUCCUCUUCCACCGGGCACGGCUUAGCAAAGGCCUUCCGCAUCUACUUGUCGGCGAUCUCAAUGCCAUGAAGCGUUCGGACUACUCGGCAAAGGAGUGGGCUGCAUUGGAGACGCGGAAUUCAGAGAACCGCUGGUCACCGCCAGAAGACUCUGCUGCCUUGGCGGCUUUGGAAGCGGCAGGCUACCGAGACCUCGGCAGGCUACCGCAGACUCAGCAAACGUCAAGGUGGACUCUUCGGGCAGACCCACCUGCUCGAAUAGAUUACAUCUAUGCUUCGGAUGACUUUCAGCACAUAGGCACUUUCAGCGCAGCCUUUGUUGCACAAGCGGUCGGAUCUGAUCAUCUUCCCCUGGUGUUCGAUGUCCUCCUCAAGUCAGAUUAA